UCCUAAACACCAAAUGUCGGGAGAAGGAAAACUUGGGCCUUGCAUGCAGUGCGUUCGUUGCAUGUUGUUCGUCUUCAAUGGUCUGUUCUGGCUUACAGGAGGUGGCAUGCUUGUUGUGGGUAUUUGGGCUCGCGUUCAGUUCAGUGAUUACAUGAAGUUGUCAAGUCAUGAUUACUCCACAGCAUGCUAUGUACUGAUUGGUGCUGGAGCCCUUGUCAUAAUUAUUGGUUUCCUUGGUUGUUGUGGAGCCUAUAGAGAGCAAGUAUGCAUGUUGAAAACAUUUGCAGUGAUUCUUGGGUUUCUCUUCCUGGUUGAGCUUGGGGGUUCUAUCACUGGAUAUGUCUUCAGAGAAAAAAUUAAAAGUGGUUUCAGCGAGGGAUUGAGUGUUGCACUGGAUGACUACAGACAGAAUGGGUUUAAAAAAGCUUGGGAUGGACUGCAGUCAAAACUUGGAUGUUGGGGUAAUAAAAAUUAUUCAGACUGGUUCUACAAGGAAUGGACUACAGAUGAAACAUACAACAAUUCAGUGCCUGAUUCUUGCUGCGUUAAAGAUGAAGUCAGCUGUAACAUUAAUGUCACAAGCCACCCAGCCACAGUUUAUUCAAAGGAGGGAUGUUAUGAUGCUGCAGUUAAAUUCUUUGAGGACAAGUUGUUGAUUAUUGGAGGUGUUUCCCUAGGAAUUGCAUUUUUUCAGCUUGUUGGUGUGGGAUUGUCAUGUUGUUUGGCAAGCAGUAUCCAACAUUCCAGUAAAUAUGAACUGGUUUAGUCAAUUUCAUUGUCCUCUGUAAAUUCAUAUAAAUGAGAAAUCUGGGUUUCUAAUUCUAAGGUUGAUAAACUCUGAAUUAUGGUAGAAAAGUGCUCUUGUCAAAUCUGAGGACAUUAGAUAAGCCCCCUUUGGGGUAGCUGCUUUUCGAUUUCGCAUCCUCUUUUAUCAGGGCUGGACACUAACUUUUCAACUUACUAGCCAAGUGGCUAGUGACACCUUAGAUGUUACAACAAUUUCAGUUU